GCGGAGCGCAGCGGGCGGGACGGGACGGGACGGGACGGACGCGAUGAGCUGCGGCGAGCUUUUCCAGGUGUGCAGCGGGCGGUCUGUCGCCCCCCCAGCCGUGCCCGUGGACCUGGCCGUGCGGCUCUGCCUCAGCCGCUCGCCUCCCAUCCGCAAGCUGCUGAACUCCUACGAGGAGCUGCGGGGCAACCGAGGCCGCAAACCCCUCCGAUCCUGUCUCAACCAGAAGCUGAGCGCAGAACCUGAGCCAGAGCGGCGAGAUAGUACCAAGAUCUGCAAGGGCCAGAAGAAGAAGCGGGUCGUGUUUGCUGAUAUGAAGGGGCUCUCACUGACGGCUGUGCGCUUCUUCUCAAAGAUUGAGGAGGACCUCUGUGAUUUGCAGCAUGCUCUGUCAGACCUUGCCUGUUUCCAACCUAGGCUGUGGGACUUACGCCCAGAAGCGUGCAGGUAUGUGCUGGACUUCCCACAGCCGUCUGCAAACUAUGUGGCUUUCCGCAACAGCCUGCACAGCAACUUUGUCUGCCUGGAGAGCUGUCUGAUCCAGGACCGUGCUCUGUCAGGGACAGUGAGGGUUAGAAACAUCGAGUACGAGAAGAAAGUGGCGGUGCGCAUCACCUUUGAUGGCUGGAAGAGCUUCCGGGACAUCUCUUGCCAGUAUAUGCACAGCACCUACGGCUCAGCUGACACAGACGUCUUCUCUUUUGAGCUUACCCUGCCCAAGCCAUCCAUUUCCCAUAGGGGCACAGAGUUCUGCAUCUCCUUCCAGUGUGGACAAAAGACCCACUGGGACAACAACCAUGGGAAGAACUACAGGAUCUGCCAUGUGGGCAUGAUCCGCCCUGCCUCUUAUGCUGUGAAGAGUGCCAGCAGGGCUUGGGAGCAUCUUGGCACCUCUGGGGCUGCUGCUCUAGUCCUUUCUCACCUGCAGACUUGGCGGCAUUCAGAGACCCAAGCUCCUUAUUGGUAGGAAGGCAGUGGGGGGAGAGAUGUAGGUGCCCUCCCUGUCCUGACUGGUACACGGGAGGGGUCUGCUGCAGAAGAUGCUGCUGCUGGUUUCGUUAGCUCCUUCGUGGUCUGCUGCUCUGUGAGCAGCUGCCAGUUUCUGCAGAAGCUUCUUCACUUGCUGCUGCUACAGAGGCUGGAAGCUGCCGCUUGAAGUAACUCCUGCCUGUAGGUUCUCAGGGUAACGGUAACGGGAGAGAAGGGGAGUGACAAAGGAAGGGCUGUGGGCUUGGACCCGCGGCCAUGUCUGAGCCACCCCCGGGGCCGAUGCUGCCCAAGUGCCUUGUGUGGAGGGAGCACGAUCGUGGCGCUGCCGGGGCCAAACCGCGGGGCUCCUGUGCCGGGAGGGGCGUGAGGCCCGAGC